CGUGGCGCGGGCGCCGGAAUGGAGGCACAGCUGGAGGUCGUGGAGAAGCUGGAGAGCCUGGCGUUCGAGCCCGCCACCGCCGGCACGGCGCUGGGCGGAGAGCGGCCGGCGGGCACGGAGGAGGCACCGGCCCCUCCGGAGGGCGGUGGGGAAGCCCAGGCCCCGCUGUCCCCGGCCGCGGGAGCGCCCCGCUCGCCGUCGCCCGCGGGAGCGCCCCUCUCACUGCCGCCCGCUCGGCUCAGCGCGCCCGCUGCCGCCGGGCCCUCCUCGGACUCGGACUCGGACAGUGAUACGGAUUCAGAGAGUUCAUCAACUACAUCCUCCUCUGUAUCUUCACUAGUAUCUGACGAAGACGAUCAUCCAGAUGAGAAGAAUAACAGAUCUUACUGUGUUAAAACAAAAGAUGAAUUACCUAUUGACGAACUACCUCCUGUUGAAGACUUAUCGAUAAUUCUGCCAGAUAACGUUGAACUGAAGCUCUUCGGGACAGUGUCCAGCAUUAUUGAGCAGCUAGUAAUAAUUGAAUCACUAAGAGGCCUACCUCCAGUAAAUGAGGAGAGCAUAAUUUUUAAAGAAGAUCGGCAAGCAGCAGGAAAGAUAUUUGAGAUAUUUGGUCCCGUCCUACAUCCUUUUUAUGUGUUAAGAUUUAACAGCUCUGAACAUAUCAAAGAAAAAGGUAUUAAUGUGCAAGAUAGCAUGUAUUUUGCUCCAUCAGUGGAGGACUUCACUCAGUAUAUAUUUGCAGAGAAACUAAAAAAGGAGAAAGGUUCAGAUGCAUCUUGGAAGCAUGACCAAGAACCACCACCUGAAGUCUUGGAUUUCAGUGAUGAUGAAAAAGAAAGAGAGGCAAAACAGAAGAAAAAGAAGCCUGAAAGUGAAGGAAGGAAAAAAUUCAGAUCAGAAACAAUUCCCAGUGAGAAGAAAGGAUUUCACCAGUCGAUGCAGCAGCCUGCUUCAAGUUCUUCAAGGGGAUACCGUGGCAGAGAGUUUGCCAGGCAUUCAUUACCUCCUCGAGGGUUUUGGAGGCCACAAAGGAAUAAACUGUCAACAUCAUACUUGGACUUGGGAUGCCAGUGGCUUUCUUUGCGCCCUGGCAUGAAGAGCCAUCAUCAGCCUCAAGAUCCAAAAGGGUGGUUGAAGGAAUAGGUAGGGCUGGAAGGAACCACAGGGGCUCAUCUGGUCCAACCUCCCUGCUCAAGCAGGAUCAUCAUAAAGCACAUGACACAGGAUUGCAUGCAGACAGUUCUUGAAUAUUUCCAAUGAAGGAGACUCUCUGGGCAACCUGUUCCAGUGUGUGGUCACUUGCAUAGUAAAGAAGUUCUUCCUCAUGUUCAGGUGGAACUUCCUCUUGUGCUAUUGCUUGGCACCACUAAGAAAAGACUGGCUCCAUUCUCUCUUCUGAGUCUUCUUCUGUACUUGGUCAAUAGCCUGUGAAUUUGUUAAUUGUAUUUGUUGUUGCUUGGCUGCUUAUAUGAAUUAAGCAUUGUUUUAAGAGCACCUAGAUUGAGUGUUCAGUGCUAGAAGCUGAAACUGUCAACUUUGGAUAGCCUUCACCUGAUUUUUAUAGAGACUACUUUAUUACCUGUUUGGAGGAUGAGAGGAUUCCAAAUAGCUUUUAUUGGCAAGCCUCAGUGACAUUUUUUUCUUUAAUUUUCUGCUUUUCUUUUGUAAUUCAGAAUGCAUUACCCCAUUUUGGGACAUGCUGUCAUCCUGACAGUUAGAUUUAUGAGUCCAUUCAUGACUUCUGUUUUGUUAGGCAAUUUCUGUUUUAAAUCGCCUGGACAUAAAACACUGGAAAGAAGAUGGUGUUUAAAGGACUACAACAGCAACAGAAAUCCUGACUAUCUGAAGAUAGAAUAGAUACAGUAUGCUUGCUGUUGUAGUUAGAUGUAAUACAGCAACAGCAUUUAGGUGCCUAGCAGCUGGUGACUUACAUUAUAUUGCUAUACUGCAAGAAGCAACCUAUUCUCCUUUUAAAGCACAGCUUCAGUCUGAGAGAGGGUUCACAGCAUGGAGAUGAGUGGUGAGUGAAUUAUUCAGGGUUGCACAGCAGAUCAGAGGCAGAGGAGGGUGUGAGAAGCAGCCUGAUAGUUCUGGGAAGAUAAGCCUUUAAACAAUUUAUUUCCCUAGAGGCCACGCUACUGUUCAUUGAUUUUCGGUGAGUUUUCAUUUCUAUAGGGUUAAGAUUAAACCCAUCAUAUUUACAAAAGAGACUUUAUAGUUCCAAAGUGCCUGUCACCGUGAUAUUUUGGUUCCCAUCUAGUUGAUUCACUGGUAUUUGAUGUCUGUUAGAGUGACAAUGACAUUAAUCAUACUCUGCUUGUUCGUAAUCUCUAAAUUCCCAAAGGACACUUUCUUUAAGUGAUACCAGCAAGUUGGCAGUUCCCAGCUUUCAAAGUAUUUGUGAGUUGAAUUAUUCCAACUCAAGCUGGUGGCUUUCUCACGAUGACACAAGAAUCUCCAGCUCCGCCAGCAAUCUCAGCCCUUUCCAUGAAAGAGCUCUUCCUUUCAUCAUCUUUAUCCUUGGGACUGCAGACAAAAACUAGAGGUUUCUGCUCAUGAACUGAAGACAGUUUUGCACAAUUUGGAGAAGAGUGCAGAAAAAGUUUGGAAUGGUUUCUUUCUCUCCGCUGCCCCUCAGAGUUCAGCUUUUGCUCUUCUUUCUUCCCAUUCUCUUUUGUGGAUACCAGGCCUGGAAAGGGGCAAAAAGGAUCUCUCUUUGAAGCAGAUGGGCAGAAAAAAGUUCCUUCAGACACCUUUUGCUCUCAGCUCAGCAAAGGUGUGCAAGAUGUUAUUGUUAGGAAUCUGUAGACUGAAAAGACAUUGUUAAAAUAGGUGUAAUGAAAGCAAAUACAAGUAGUAGUCAUAGACUUAAAGUUAAAUUUAUGGACUUUUGAACAUAGCAUUUCUGUGCAUGUAAAUAUAAUUGCAUGUUGCAAUGUGGUAUUAA